UCGCGGAGGUUUGCUGCGCUCCACUCAUCGCCACCACCACCACCAUCAGCAGGCACGCCAUCACCGCAUCGCCGUCAUCCCGCCGCCUUCACCCCGUCUCCAUGUAACCUCCACCCAAGCGCAAGUCGUAGCUACGCGCACACGCACACUCACACACACUCACACACGCGCACUCACUCACACACUCUCUCACUGCACAGCGGCAGCCGUGGGUCGGCUCGUCGUGUCGUUGUUGCUACUCUGACGCCCGUGCGUGAUGCACCUCGGCGUGCCUGGGGACGGACGAGUCGGAGGAGGAGGAGGCAUGGCUCGCUUCGGGAGCAGACGGCCGUGUCGCGACCGACUGCGUGUGUGGCUCUGGCUGGCUCUGCUCGCCUGUGCCUCGCCGGCGUUCGCCUUCCCUGCACCAAGCAACAUCGACACCAUCAGCGACAAGGUGAUGACCUGCAUGGUUGAGGCUCUGUCAGGUGCUCUCUCAGAAGCCACGCCUCGAGCUCCCAGCGACCGCUGUCUUCGGCUGCUGAGAGAAGAUAAGAGGAUAGCUGGCUUGCUGCAUCACGAGGGAACUCGCCAGGAUGGUGAAGAGGUGGAGAAGAGGAAGGCGUCUUCAGAGGAAGAUUCCAAGCCGCAAGAAGAUGACCAAACCAAACGCAGCGAGCACGGACACGAGGAGAAAGGGGCGUUGGAGCAGCGCCUGAAGUCCGUCUCAGAAGCACACCAUCGCAGCAAGGUUGACGACGACGAAGAUAGCAGCACGAAGACAGACAAGGUGAGCGCCGAGGAAGACGAUUCGUCAAUGAACGCGAAGCAAGGCGAUGAAGCUGCAGCUCAUGGCGAAGGUAAACAUGAAGAUGAUGAUGACGACGACGAUGAUGACGAUGAUGUUGACGAUGCUCCUGAUGCUGAUGACGCUGAAGAUGACGACACAAAGCAGGAGUCGGCACCCAAGCGCGGCACCGUCCACUCGGCACCGAGCGGCAAGGACUCGGCCUCGCACGAGGCUGGCAGGGGCAUGGGGGAGAGCGCAAUGGACGGCAAGUCCAGCAAACACAGCACAGCGCACGUGGACUCGAGUCACGGCGACGAAGAACACAACCACGGCAAAGCAGACGAUGACGACGACGACGACGAUAACGAUGACGACGAUAACGAUGAUGAUGAUGAUGAAGACAGAGAAGCCAACGCGUCUGAAGGCGUCGAGCCACCGAGGGCGGCGACGUCCGCGGGGCAGUCCCGGCCCCGGCCCCGGGAGGCGAGCGAGGCCGUGCGGCAGGCCACGGAGGACGUGGAGCGCCAGCUGAUGAAGAUGAAGCCGCACGACGAGGACGAGGACGACGCGGCGGACGACAUCCAUCGCAAGCUCGACCUCGACAGCGAAGCUGAAGGCGGCGAUGACGACGACGACGACGAUGCCGGCGGCCAGGCGCUGGACAAGCGAAUGGCCGAGAGUCCGAGCGACGAGAGGACCACGCAGUUCGAAUCGGCGGAGCGGAGGCAGCGUGCCGGGAAGAUGAUCGCGAGGGCCGUGGCCAGAUUCCGCUCGGGGCUGCGCGUCUCCUCGACUCAGCCGCACGCCUCCUCGGAGCCUUCCCGUCGCGCCCCCGAGGAACAGCAUCGCGAUGACGACCAUGCAGACAACGACGGCGACGAUGAUGAUGAGGAGGAGGAGGGCGAGGUGAAGAAAGGCUCCGAUGCAGAUGGAGAUGAUGGAGAGAAGAUGAGUGGAAGAAGCUCUCGGCAUGAGGACGAUGUCAGCCGGGAAGGAAUUGCAGAGAGGGACGAGCUGGAGGGCAUGCAGAUGGAGCUGGAGACGAUCGCGCACAAGCUCCUGCAGCUGAAGCGGCGCGGAUGACGGCGCCGCGGGCACGCAGCUCGCUCGGCAGGGCGGUGUUGGUCUCUGCACGAGCACCGGUGGUCCCAGGGAUUCGUCUCUCGCCCAAAAUUGUCCAGGGCCCUUCUGAGCACCGCCGCCCGGCCAUCCGCCCUCCGCCACGGUCGCGAUGAGAUGUUAACUCCCUCGCCUGGUAUACAGGAGGUCGUGGGUUCUAUCCCAACCCUGACGCCCGUGUAUUUGGAGUUUGCUUGUCUCUCUUCCCGUGGUCGUGUGGAUUUCCCUCCGGUUCCCCCACUCCACAUUUAGAAUGAACAUGGCGCGUUCAGAGUAUUUGGCUGCUAUAAAUUCCCACGUCAUGGCAAGCCACUUCGUUGAGCUAUCAUUUGUGUUAGCCGGGUCACUUCUGAAAAAGAGCCGCAUAUCUCAGUGGGCCCUACCUGGUAGAAUACUUUAACAAAUAGUGCCAGUUUCUGUUCUGCCCCCUUGACAGCCGUUUUCACGACCGGUUGUCAAUGGGGAAGUGAUGGGAGCUGGGGUGCGGGGUGGGGGGGCAAAUCUAUGUUCUGGACCUCCGACCCGUAACGCUGCGGCUAAAGUGACCCCCCCCCCCCCGGGUGCGGCCGCUAACUCCAAGCGGCGCCCGAGAGAGGAGCGCGCCGGGGGCUCGGGGCUCGGGGGGAGGAGGGAGGGGGGAGGGGCUCGGCACCCAACACCAGACGCGGGCGUUGCCGCGAGGUCAGAUGCGACGUCAAAUUGGCGAUGCGGCGAUCAUCAUCAUUGCGAUAUCAGCUUCCCAUAAGCUUGUGAUUGUGUUUCACCAUUACUAUCGCUCUGCUUUUGUAGUGUGCUGUAGUUAAGGUACAACUCAAGAUCACUGUAGGGUUCGUUAACGGUAGUUAACUCAAUAUUAGCCUGCCCGAAUUAGUCCUAUAAUCUAGCAGGCGCCUCGAUGUCAGUUACACAACAUUACUUAAACAAUUCGAGGAACUAAGGAAAACAAAUCGACAGCGAUGUUAUACGAUCGCCAAUCUGCCAAUUCCUAAAAAAAAAUAUUUUGCAAAGCUAUUAUUUAAUGGAAAAUGUAAUGGAUAGUCAUAUUUCUAUUUUAAAAGUUUGAUUAUUGAGGGUAAUUUUAUUAUAUUUCACAAUUGUUCAGGAAAUCGACAAAUGUAACCACACACAAAAAUCGGGAGCGCUGAUAAUCGCGAUAUAACGAUAUUUAGCAAAAACAAAGUGUGCGGGGUGCAACUACGGUGGAUCUUGUGUGGUACGUAGCGUCCAUCCCAGCGUGGCGGGGCCGCGGCAAAUCUUAGCCACGUGAGGCCACGCGGGGCCACACGAGGUCACGUGAGGUCACGUGGGGCCACGUGGGGCCACGUGGGACCCAUGAGGCCACGCGGGGCCACGUGGGGCCACGUGAGGCCACGAGAGGUCACGGGCGUCCUCUGGGCCACACGCUUCUUGACGCCGCCGAAACGCAGCUUGCGCAUUCCUUAAUCAAUGCACAUAUAUAUAUACUAUCACUAUUGCCGGAAAGAGAUAAAUAAAAGAAGAAAAAACACAUAAGCAAUUAUUUAUAGAAUCGAUAGUUAUAUUUUAAAGAAAAAAAACCUGAAUGUACGCUACCUAUAUAUUACCUGAGCGCUUUGCUGUGGCAUUAAACAUUGAUGCGGAAGAA